GGAAGCAAUUUUCAAAAAAAGAAAAAAAGAAAAGCGAAACCACUGUUCUCAUUCCUUGAACGGCAGCGCGCCGUCCACAAUCCCUAUCUCUAGGGUUUCAUCGAGCUAUCUUUCUUCUUCUUCUUUCCAGUGCGGUCAUGGGUGGGCGAAACCUUGUUGAUGUUGACAAACUGGUACUUAGGGGGUUGCAGUUUCAUGGGUUCCACGGGGUAAAACAAGAGGAGAAAAAGUUGGGCCAGAAGUUCUUUGUGGAUGUAGAUGCUUGGUUAGAUUUGAGCACCGCAGGUGCAACAGAUGAUAUAUCUGACACUGUCAGUUACACAGACAUUUACAGGAUUGUUAAAGAAAUUGUGGAAGGCUCUUCACAGAAUCUUUUGGAAUCAGUGGCUCAUCUGAUUGCAAACACUACUCUGCUCAAGAUUCCACAGAUAUCUGCCAUUCGUGUGAAGGUUGGAAAACCUCAUGUUGCCGUUCCAGGUCCUGUUGAUUAUCUUGGUGUCGAGAUCCUUAGGUAUAGAAAGCAUGAUUGAAUGUUCUGAUAUUUUUAAGUAACUGUUUGAUUGAUGUGGUGUGUGAAUGUGGUAUACUUGCAUCUAACUUUUAUUGUUAUUAUUUUUUAAUAUGAUAAAAAUUUCAGUUUACAAGCAUGUUAAUUUA